CUCGGAUCAAAUCUAGAUCUCGGAUAAAAUUCUCAGGCCUACGCAGUACGGGGUACACCUAGUGUAUAUCUAUAAUCUAUUUAAUUUAUGAAACUCUGUAUUAAAAGUGCCUCACUAAGAGAGAAAAUAUACAGACUAUACAGUUAGCUUCUGGUAAGAAUAUUCAGUAAUUUAUGAAAAUAUUAAUUUACUAAUUUUGAAAUUAUUUUUCAUUUCAGUACUUUGUCACAUAAAACAAUCUGAUUAGUACUAGUUAACAAUGCAAAAUUUCAAACAUACACUUAAAACAUUUUUGACACCUGAUAACAAUUCCAAUCUCUAUUUCAUAAAAAAAAAACUUUUAAAUUUAGAUAUUAUAUUAAGUUUAAUUACCACUUGUCACAUUUUUAUAGAUUUUCAGGCGUUUCUCUUAAUAAUAUAAUAACUAAGAAAUUGACAAAGUACCCAAUAUAUCGUUUUAUCAUUAAAAAGUAAAAUCAAAGUAAAUAUACUUAUUGCAUAUAUAAAAUAUAUAUUUCCCAUUUUAACAUGUAAAACAAAGGGAAAUAAUCUAUUAUUCACAAGGAAACAAAAGAUAAUAAAUAAAUUUAGAUAUGCAUGAAUAUCUAAUUAAGUAUUAUUAUGUGGAAAAGAUAUGCUAGCUCAAACAAAUGUCUACGGUUUUUCCAAGCUUGAAACCGUUAUAACUUAUAACCUUUAAAGUUGGGUGUUAUUUUGUUAAGGAGACACUUAGAUAAAUGGGAGGAUUCAUGGUUUCCGCCACCAUCACCACCUAAGAGUUGCGAGAUUCAAGCUCCGUUUACAAAACACAGAGUUCCAAAAAUAAAUAAACCCUAGUUUUCCACCACAAACCUUUGGAGAUUACUUUCCUUGACGUGCACGCCUCUUCUCUUUUUUAUUCAUCUCUUUUGAUCUCAAGGUAGCUUCAAAAGGCGUUAUUUGAUUUGUGGAUGAUGGCAACGACGUCUAGUACAGCGAAAAACAAACCAGACAACCAAAACCUCACCAGAUCAAGAUCUCUUGGUCCAAAGCCAAAGCAGUUACCAUCAUCGGAACCUAAAACGACCACAGAUGGAUCUGGUCGGAAACAAGUUGAGAAGCCCUUGCCCAAUUAUCUGAAACCAACAGCCAGCUCAAGACCUGACCCUGUCAAGUUCUUGAGGAAGAACAAAGCUGUCCAAGACAAUCCGAAGCUUCUUCGUCGACGAUCCUUUGAUCGUCCUCUUUCGUCUUCAUCAACUCAUAAGCCUCUUAAUACCUCUCCUCAAGCACGCCCACGAGAUAAACCUGCGGUUCCAAGAGAGAACCCUGUCACUGGUCUGCGUUCUACAUCUUUCCAUGGAAGCAGCAGAGGCGGCCUCAGAGGAAGCACUACGGUGAAAUCUCCUCCUGUGGCUUCAAGAGGACCUCCGGGUGUAAAGAAGAGCGGUCUGAGCGGUAACAGUUCUUCCAAGAGUAAGAAGGAACGUUCUGAGAAUGUUCUAAAGAAAUCUUCGGGGAAAGAGAUUACCCCGGAAUGUUCUCCUCCUGCGCCUGCUCAUGAGGAUGUAGAAGAGAUUGUCAAGGUUGAGAUUGAUGUACAAGUUUCUGACCACAUAGAAGAAGAUAAAGAUCAGGUUGCACAACCCAAUGAAUCCACAGAAGAAGAAAAGGGAGAGCUGGUCAAUGAGGAACAGAUAGAGGAGCAGAAAGAACCAGAGAACACUGAAGAAAACAGCAGUGAAGACAAGGAAGUUGUUGAAAAGAGAGUUGAUGUUGAGGAGAAUAACGAGACAGUUGUUACUCCUGAUAUGAAAGAAGCUGAGAUAGAGGCAGAAGCCAAAGAAGAGGAGAGCGAAGGCAGCAAAGUGAAAGAAGGAACAACAGAGACAAAGAAGGAAGUGGUGAAAGGGAAGAAAGGGUCUCCAACAGCAUACAACGAUGUAAUAGCAAGUAAGAUGCAAGAGAGCUCGAGGAAGAACAAGGUCUUGGCUCUCGCUGGAGCCUUUCAAACCGUUAUCGACUAUGAAACUGCUGCUUCUAAGUGAUAUACUUUCAUUUAUAUCACAGACACAGACUUCAACCGUGUCUUGUUAGCUUUCAUAUGUCGGUGCUUUCAUUGUUGUUCUUGUUGCUUUUAUUUCUUGUUUUUGGAUUAGUAUCAAAUGUUGAACAAAUGAAUCAUAUCAAUGCUUCAUAGCAAAAUGUUGGACAAAUGAAUCAUAGGGUUUUCAGUUUACUGACAUUGGCGGGUCGAACAAAACAUUACAGCCUAGUUCACUCAUAACAUAUUUGGGCCUUGGGCUCUAAAUAUUAAUUAAAGCCCAAUUCUCAAGAAAUGUUACUAUAUAUAUAUUUUUUUUUUUUCAAGCUCCACGGUGACCGCCUGGUGAAGAAAAGUCAAACGAAUUUGGUAUUUUGAUUAUUCAUCUCCCUAUCCAGAAAAUUGCUUCUAGAUUAAGCUAUAUUUUUCUGGAGAUCCUAAAUUCACUUUUCUCACGCGGAAACAAAAAUCUAUUUCCAUGGAAGUGACCCUCUAUAAAUACAUGGAUACAGCAACCUUUCUAAAUCAAAAAAAGAUAUUCUUUUUGUUUUAUUUACUUUGACAAAAAGAAGAAAGAGCCAUAGGAAGAGAGGAUGUGUUUGGUGUUCGUGUGCGAUCAGGACGAGAGGGUGAUCGGAAGGUACGCAGCUCCUGGAGCCUGCCCGUACUGCGGCGGAAUGGUUCAAACGGUAGACGUAGAAAGCCAGUGGAGAUUCUGCUUCGUCCCUCUCUAUAACAAAUCCAAACGUCGCCUUAUUUGCUCCACCUGUGGUAAACGCCUCAUCGCCCAUUCCUGAAUUAAAAACUCUCACCGAGAUCUCUCUCUCUGUUUUGUAACUUCUCUAUGUGUAAUAAAAAUUAUCUUUGUGACU